UUUAUUUCUCUAUAAAUCGGCACCCCACAUUCCCAACUUUCACCAUUCACUAAAACCUUCAGCUUCUAAUUUGAGAGAGAUAGAGAGAUGGCAUUCACGACUUCUAAACUUUUUUCCACAUUUCUUCUCCUAGAUAUUUUCAUUAGUCUCUCCAUGCACUCAACCUCAGCAGCCAGAAAUCCCUUACCGAAAACCAACACCGACUUCAUUAAAACAUCUUGCACCGUGACAUCGUAUCCAAAACUUUGCUUUACCUCUCUUUCAGCACAUGCAAACGCAAUCCAAGCAAGCCCUCAACUUCUUGCCGGCACUGCUCUUAACGUCACUCUUUCGUCUGCUAAAUCAACCUCCAACUUGAUGGUGCUGCUCUCGCGGAGCCAAGGAAUCAAUCCUAGAGAGGUUGCUGCCAUGAAAGACUGUAUUGAAGAGUUAAGCGAUUCAGUGGAUGAGCUCGGAAAGUCCAUCAACGAGAUGGGCCAACUAAAAGGCACCAACUUUAAUCUCGUUAUUAAUGAUAUACAAACUUGGGUAAGUGCUGCUUUAACGGACGAGAGCACAUGCACGGAUGGGUUUGCAGGGAAAUCAAUGAAUGGGAAUUUGAAGAUUACAGUGAAGGAUCGGAUUGUGAAUGUUGCACAAUUGACCAGCAAUGCUCUGGCUUUGAUCAACAAAUUUGCCUUGAUUCAUGGUUGAUUUGAUUGAUCUUAUAAUUAUCUUAAGAGUGAUUUUUUGUGGUGAGUCUUAAUAAUUAUCUUAGGAGUGAUUGUUUGUGGUAAGUACGCACUUAGUUUAUGAACAUGUUCACCAAAAUUGAAGAUACUUGCUGUGAUUAAUUAAUGUAAUUUAGUUAACUUGUGAUUUAAGUUCUUAUGUAUCUGUUUGAUAUUAUAAAUGUAAAUGAAAUUUGGAA